AUGGAUUUUGCUAUUUCUGAUCCCAAUUGGCUAGAGACUUACCAAAAAGAAGCUAUAUACUGUGCUCUACAAGAAUAUAAACGCGAAGCAGAACAUGUGUAUCAAUGGAACAAACAGCUUGACAGAAAACAAGAUAAUUAUGAUGACCGUUUAAGUCUAGUCAAUAGACAUUGGGAACAAGUUUGUUUAAUCUCACAACUUCGUGAUUCAAAUUUUCUUAAAAGACUUAUUCAAAUUGAUAACGAGUGUCCAUCAAUUGAGCAAACUGAAAAUAUGAUGAUUGAUGAAUGUAUUUUUGCAAAGGAAAUAGUGAUACAACUUUCAGAAAAAAUUAUUUUAUGGAUUGAAAAAAGAAAUAAUCUCAUUAAAGAUUUACAAUAUGAAAUUGAUGAUGCUACAUUAAGUGAAAAUGGAUUAAUGAAUUCACUACAAUCAGAAAACCAAAGAUUGAAUCAACUUUAUAUACAUGUUAUUAAAAAAAUUGAUGCAUUCCAUAAAAAUUUCACACCAAACGAACUACAGAUGACAAAAAAUAAACUUGAAGAAAAACAGAGAUUAGAAUCAACAGAGGAACAAUUAAGACAAGCUAAGAAACAUAUGGAUAGAUCAAAAAGUGCUUCUCAUGGAUAUUUAUCUGAUGUUAAGUCUCAAAAUUUACAAGGAUCACAAUAUAAUGAUAAUAAUUCAAAACCGUUAGAAAACAAAUUAAUUCAGUCUCAAUUACUUUCCGAGUCUCGUUUGGGAGAAUUAAAAGAAAUGUCAAAAGAAAAGGCUAAUUUAAAAAUAGAAAUUAAUAAACUUUAUAAAAAAUAUUCAAAUUCUCAAGUGAUAGAAUCACCAUUAUACAAAGAAUUACUACAUCAAUAUCUUUAUCGCAAAGAAGAUUUGGAUCAUUUACAUAUAUUUAUGGAGCAAAAUAGUUGUGAAAUGGAAAAGUUGAUAGCUACUAGGAAUUCAGCAACAAACCAGAUACAAGAAGAAAGUAAGGCAGCUAAAAAUGAUGUAAAAAAACAGCUAAAUAAACUUCUCACAGAUUUGGAUAGUUUCUGUGCUCAAAGAGAUGAUGUGAUUAAUAGAGGCGGACAACAAUUAACGAAUGAAAUUCGAAGACUACAUAUGAAGUUAGCAGCACAAGUUGGCAUCAAAGAUGCUGUGGAUUUUUAUUGUAAUCCUGUCGAACCUCCUGAAUUUUCUUAUAAUGAAUUAAAAUCAGGUGCCAACACAUUUGAACUUAUUCAACAAAAUUAUCAUAUGAUUAUCAUUUGCAAGAAAGAUUAA